GCAGCGGUGAGCUCUUGAACGCAGCCCGAGCAGGAAGCAGUUCACAGCAGCGGCCGGAUGAUCUGUGAGGAGGCAGGAACAACAAAGAGGAGAAAGUACCCGGGUUUUAACCACCUCCGCCACACAAAUACAACAAAUUGUCGACUCUUCCUGGCAGGGUGAUACAGGUUGGUUUGCAUGUGAGGACAAACGUCGGCCGAGCCAACCAUGGCGAACAAUGCAGAGGAUAUUGAAAACAACAUGGACCAACAGCAGACUAAUACAGUCCCAGAACCCCCUCAGGAGGCCAGUGUGACCAGAGCGAGGUCAAGGGGAGGUUCAGGAGCUGGAGGAGGAGGAGGUGAUCGAGGAGGAGGAGGAGGAGGUGGUGACGCUGGAGGCAACAGUAGCAGCCCGGAGCAGAACGGGCAGCCUCCCGCCGCUCGUCCUCCGCUGGUGGUGGAGACCGAGGAGGACGAGGAUGAAGAGCUGACCUUGAAAUACGGCGCCAAGCACGUCAUCAUGCUGUUCGUCCCCGUGACGCUCUGCAUGGUGGUCGUCGUGGCGACCAUAAAGUCUGUCAGCUUCUACACGCAGAAUGACGGCCAGAGACUGAUCUACACACCGUUUCCUGAAGACACAGACACAGUAGCACAAAGAGCAUUAAACUCCAUCCUGAACGCCACCAUCAUGAUCACUGUGAUCAUCGUCAUGACUCUGGUGCUGGUGCUGUUAUACAAGUACCGCUGCUACAAGGUGAUCCAAGGCUGGCUCUUCCUCUCCUCCCUCCUCCUGCUCUUCUUCUUUUCCUACAUCUACCUCAAAGAGGUUUUCAAGACCUACAACGUGGCCAUGGACUACUUCACCCUGGCCAUAAUAAUUUGGAACUUUGGCGUCGUGGGCAUGAUGUGCAUCCACUGGAAAGGACCUCUGCGGCUCCAGCAGGCCUACCUCAUCAUGAUCAGCGCCCUCAUGGCCCUGGUUUUCAUCAAGUACCUGCCAGAGUGGACCGCCUGGCUCAUAUUGGCCGUCAUCUCCGUCUACGAUCUGCUGGCGGUUCUUUGUCCCAAAGGGCCUCUGAGGAUCCUGGUGGAGACGGCUCAGGAGAGGAACGAACCCAUCUUCCCAGCUCUCAUCUAUUCUUCUACGAUGGUUUGGCUCGUCAACAUGGCCGACACCGACAGGCCGAAGAGGAACUCCACAGAAGCAGCUUCGCCCCAACAAGAGACUCAACAAGCGCCGAUAGCGUCUCCGACCCCCUCGAGUCCGUCUCAGGACGACGGAGGAUUCACCUCCAACUGGAUCAGCAACCAGGAGCACCAGCUGGGACCGAUGCAGUCCACCGAGGAGACCCGACGGGAGAUCCAGCAGAUGCCCUCCGCCCGACCUCCGCCUGAAGACGACGACGAGGAGCGGGGCGUCAAGCUGGGCCUCGGAGACUUCAUCUUCUACAGCAUGCUGGUGGGAAAGGCGUCAGCCACGGCCAGCGGCGACUGGAACACCACGCUCGCCUGCUUCGUAGCCAUCCUCAUUGGCCUGUGUCUGACCCUGCUGCUGCUCGCCAUCUUCAAGAAAGCCCUGCCCGCUCUGCCCAUCUCCAUCUUUUUCGGCCUGGUCUUCUACUUCGCCACAGACAAUCUGGUACAGCCCUUCAUGGACAAGCUGGCACUACACCAGUUCUACAUUUAGCAGGACGCUGCCCCGAUAACCCUCACCCACAUAGCUCUCUGGCCAACAACACGAGAGCGGUCCCAUGGCAGCCGGAGGAACAAAAGGUCGAUGCCGGGGCCCCUCCCGUCCCCACAUCCCCUCCUAAGACCUCCUGAUGCCGGGACACACCAUGUUCUUUUUCUUGGUUUUUUUUUUUUUUUUUGUAGUUGUUGCUCUGCCUUUCUUUCUGGCACCAAGGGAGGGUUUUUUCCCCCGACGACGGUUAAAUAAACGUUUUAAUUCAGUUUUAAAACCAAGAAGCGACGUUUCUCGCUCGACUCGGGGCCCCGUCUUCGAUCUAAGCGGGAACAUUUUUACCGUUUAAUUAUCCAGGGAAGCUUCAGCGCCCCUGCUUCACAUCCACAAACACCGUCCUGGGGCUUUACAGCAGGUGCCUUGCUCAGGGACACCUUGGCGGUAGCUGUUGAGCAAAGGGAGGUAAUUUUUCAUGAACUCCCCCUUUCGAAGACUUAAUUAAACAUCUUUCAUCACAUGCGAGCUACAACCGCCCCCCCCUAAGAUGACAAAAGCCUUCAUACACGAGACUAACGGACACUGGACGGUGAUGAUAAUAGAUAGAAAUGUGUAGUUUGAUUGUGUUUGAGAUGUCAGUCACCGGAGUGUGCUUUCCUCACUGCUGGUAGGAGUGUUUUUUCUUCACUUUAGACACUAAAUUCAAAGCUCUGAUGGACGAGUUACACCCACGAAGACGGACGCUUUCAUCACGCAGGAGGAUUUUACUCUCCAGGACUGAAUUGUGAGUGUUGUUGUGACACCGAAUCAUCACCCUUGAAGUUUUAAAUCACGUUGGAAUUCACGGCUCUGAGAGGGAGGGAGGAGCUCAAACGCUCACCUGUCAGCCGCCAGCAGUUCUGCUGGGGCAGUUGGAGGUUCAGUGCCUUGCUCAAGGGCAUUUCAGUAGUUGUUGUUGUCGUUACUGUGGGACAGAAACGUGCUUUUCAUUCUAUUCCCCCCCCCGACCGUAAUUUUUUGAUUUCUUUCUCUCUCGACCUGUCCAGUGAUUGUAACCUGUGAUCAUUCGGUCACAAAGUCUGAACCUUUAGGCUACAGCUGCCCUCAUGACGCUCGCCUGGUGCUGUUUGGAUCUAUGCUACAUCAAACACGAAUACUGUUGUGUUUUUGGGUUUUUUUUCCCCACGAUUAUGCAGAAGAGGAACUUUGUAUUUUUUGAGAUACGACGGUUAAGUGUUAACUGCGUUCCUGCUAAAAAUCAGAAAACUGAAACGGUUCAUUCGGUUAUUAUCAAUGAGGGAAUAGAUGUAGUUGAAUUUGAUACUUGAAUUUGCGAACAUUUUUUGGGGAAAUCUCCAUUUACGAAGCGCAAAAAGCUGAACCGACAUUUAAAUCUCGUUCAAAAGAAACCAAAACAUUUUAAAUCAAGGUUUGUGAGAGAGACUGUAGAGGACCAGCUGCACUCUUCUGUUGUUGCACUCGAGCUUCAUGCUUGCAGAUAAAAGAAUCCAAGAGGGAACAAAAUAAUGAUAUUUGUUCUGAGACUCUGGUUUUUUUUUUUUUCUUGUUCCCUUUUUGUUUUUAGGGAAUAUGUUGGGUGACUGGCUUUUUUCUGUCCUUUACAUGCAUAUGUGUGUUAUGCAAGGUUAUUCUGAUUCAGAUUUUGUUCUUUUUUUAAUAAACAAUGAAACUGAAAA